GAGUUCUAGAAAUCUCUCGGUUGUAUCGUGACGUGUGUUUUACCCGGUGAAUCGUUUGACCUGGUACUUGGUUCACUUCUGCCUAUUUGCCCUCUGGAUCUUCAACGCGAGAGACAAUUAGGCUGCAGGACGCGUUGAAUGUGCUCAUCGCCGCCCUGUGGACCCCUCGACCGCGACUGGUUGCUCCCGUCACCUUAGUGACCAGUCACCACCCAAUGACCAGUUAUCGUGCGGUCGCUCAUGGUGAAUGGUCACUGAUCUGACCCGUGAGCGACCAGAAUUCUGCUUAAUCACGUGUUGGGUCGUUGGACAAUUUUCUGCCCAACUGCACCACCAGACUUUGAACACGAGCUCAACCUUUCAACCCUCAUGACCCAUAGCAUGAUGGCGCCGAAUAAGAUGAUACCGUGCAAGUUCUUUGCUCGGGGAUCCUGUCGAAACGAAGGCUCUUGCAACUUCAUUCAUGAGGGAAUCAUAAGCUCACCUCAAGCACCUUCAGACUCCCGCGCACAAGUUCCGUGCAGAUUUUUCUCGCGCCCUGGAGGUUGUCAAAACGGCUCUUGCCCAUAUCUGCAUGAUGUAGACGGCCCUAGACUGGAUAUGAACACUAACCAGCAUUUUGAGGUCAAUGAAGAGAAGGACCAAGAGCGCGAUGAUGAUUUUAUUCGAAAUCUUUUAGGAGCAUCAGUCUAUUUCAAUGAAUUCGGUCAUGUUAUCAAAGUGUCUCUCCCAGCAGACUUCUCUCUUGCAUGCGUUACUGGCCUUCCGCCAGGCACCACACCUGUAGCAGUAGUCGAGAUCCUUCGAGCCUUAGGCUUUGACUUGAACGUCAAUUGCAUUCGCAUCCCUGGAUAUGCUGCAUUGUCGGAGACCAAGGCCAUGGUGAAAGUGGAAGACCCGUUAUUUGCCAGGAAGCUGAGCACUAGACUCAAGGAACUGAGGUCUACCCUUUGCGCAACACCAAUGCCCAUUGAUAUCAAGGGGACAAAUUCCAGAAAGGUCUACAUAUCCUGGCAUAGAGCAACUCGAAGUGCAUGGGUUAAUUUUGGCAAUGGUGAUAUAGCAAACAGGGUCGCACAGAAGUUCAAUGAAGGUAGGUACAAAUGCUUAGGUCAAAUUGUCAAAUCCUCCAUUGCGAGGCGAAGUCCCAGUCAAGGGAGUCGAGGGAGUCGAGGCGGCUAUUCGUACAAUCCUGUAGCCUGGACUAUUGCAUUGAGCGACGUGCCAGGCGAUGCGACAUCCAAAGACAUCGAAGGAGCCAUCACCUCUCCGCAUGACAACCCACGGCACAUUGAAUUGGGAGUGGUUAGUUACCGAGGGUCCGAAGCGGAAGUCAGUGUUGAAGUUCGGUCGCACUUGGAGAAGCAUGGCCCGCUCGAGAACUUCUAUCUUGCGCCCACGUUGAAGGGAAAACGAGUGAAAGCUACGGCCUGGUUUCAGGAUGAAGUCGACGCCAGGUCGGCAUGCUCGCUGAAUAAUAGGCCACUUGGUAUCCUUGGAGACGGCCAACUCACCAUAACACUGGUUCAUUCAGCCAAAAUCAAAAUUUCCACAAAAGUCUAUAUCGUCUCGAAGAGCAGAAUCGACAAGGUAGGCAAGGUAUGGAAAGAGCAGCAUCUCGUGUUCCGGGUUUACCAUGACACCUUACAUCAGUAUACAACACUGAAGGUUGAGGGCGAUAACGCGAAAUACUUGGUCGAUGCGCGUAGAACUCUUGACGAAAUUUUGAAUGGGGUUGUCCUAACGGAUGGCGAGAAUGCGGUUUGGGAUACAGCACUCAGCAGCAAUGGAAGGGCGUACACGAAGCUCAAGUCAAUCGCGGAGGAACUCCACGCUGUCAUCAUCAGAGACAAAUCAAUGCGGCAGCUCCGGUUCUAUGGACCUCCCGAGAACUUCCGGCAAGUGGUUCGUCAAAUCACCGACAUGCUUAGAGAAGAAUCUUCUUCGAGCUACGAAAUAGAUCUCCAAUCCCAUCAGUUCUCCUGGACUAUUCAUGGUGGCUUCAAGAGCAUUGAACAAGCAUUGGGAAGGAACGUGGCCAUUUUCAACGUGGUAUGGAGAAAAAUUACUAUCAAUGGCACACAGCAGCAGUAUGAAACAGCUCUGGCAAUUAUGGACGGCAGGCAUGCUGUCCCAAUCCCUUCCCUCUCGGGUGAUCCUACUAGAGUUGAAGGAGACUGCCCUAUCUGCUUCUGCGAAGCCGACAAUCCCAUCAAAACUUCGUGCAAGCACACAUACUGCCUUGAGUGCUUCGAAGAAUGCUGCAGAUCCGCCGCAUCGACCAGCCAAGACGAAUUCCAGAUCAAAUGCCAAGGCGACGAAGGAACGUGCUCAACCGUAUUCACCUUACGCGAAGUAAAGGACCAUGUCUCGUCACCUGUCUUCGAAACUGUACUCAAGUCAACCUUCGAAGAGUACAUCCAACGCCACCCACAGACUUUGCGUUACUGCCCAACUCCAGAUUGUGGCUAUGUCUACAGGUGUACUACAACCUCAAGCUCGAAGCCUCUGGUAUACAUGUGUCCAAAGUGUUUUGAGCCGCUCUGCACCUCGUGCCAUUCGCGACACGGCAACUACACAUGUGCAGAAUACAAAGACAUUGCAUCAGGCGGAUACGAGGCACUCGCAAAGUUGAAGAGAGAACUUAAUAUCAAAGAUUGUCCUAAAUGCACGACGCCGAUGGAGAAGACGGAGGGAUGCAAUCAUAUGACUUGCGCAGGCUGCAAGGCGCACAUCUGCUGGGUGUGUAUGGCUGUCUUCGAUACAAGCGAACCUUGCUAUACACAUAUGACGAAGGUGCAUGAUGGUAUUGGACUUGGACUUGAGGGAUUUAUGAAUUAGGGAUUGGAACAGGGGGAGGCGUUUGGCUGAAUAGGAUAGUUUGAUCUCCAAUGUUGCUGCUCUUGUGACGAGAAGCAGGGAGACUAUGCAUCCCACCCCCAACUUCUGUGCUCUGAGGCUCUGACGUAUGCCCUUCGGUUUCGAUUGUUUGAAGGUGACGUUGAGGUGAGGUCACAAACGCGUACAGGCCAGGCUUCUCAUCACGAUUGCUCGGUCUGUUUCGAAAAGCAAAACCCGAGCCUCGAGAAACUACGCGACUUUUUUUCUGCUUCCUGCAUCAUUAACAAAAGUCACAAAGUAGGUGGGGUCCAUCGAAUUCAUCAAUAUCAAAAAGCACUCUCAUAUUUCUUAUAUUAAAUCAAUGCUUGG